GUUGAAUGGACGUCACCAAGCAUGGAGGCUGAGGAGCUCCUCAGCUAGAGAACAGGCUCUGGAGUACCAACCGGGGCAGAAAAUCCACGGCUUCACUGUCCGAGAGGUUGCAGCCGUCCCUGACCUUUGUCUCACAGCUGUGACGUUAACCCACGAUAAAACUGGAGCGCAGUAUCUGCAUGCAGCCCGAGAUGACUCAAACAACCUCUUCAGUGUCCAGUUUAGGACGACCCCGAGGGACAGCACAGGGGUCCCCCAUAUCCUGGAGCACACAGUGCUGUGUGGAUCUGAAAAGUACCCCUGCAGAGAUCCCUUCUUCAAGAUGCUCAACCGCUCGCUGUCCACCUUCAUGAAUGCCUUCACAGCCAGUGACUUCACAAUGUAUCCAUUCUCCACCCAAAAUGGGAAAGACUUCCAGAACCUUCUUUCAGUUUAUCUGGAUGCAGUUUUCUUCCCUUGUUUACGAGAACAAGAUUUCCGGCAGGAAGGCUGGAGGCUGGAGAAUGAAGAUCCGACCAAUCCCAGCUCCCCGCUGGUGUUUAAGGGAGUUGUGUUCAAUGAGAUGAAAGGAGCCUUUUCAGACAGUGAGCGUUUAUAUGCGCAGCACCUUCAAAACAAGCUGUACCCUGACCACACCUACUCUGUGGUGUCGGGCGGAGAACCGCUGGCCAUUCCAGACCUGACCUGGGAACAGCUUAAGCAGUUUCACGCCACACACUACCAUCCCAGUAACGCUCGGUUCUUCACUUAUGGAGAUUUGCCUUUGGAAAACCAUCUGAAGCAGAUCCAAGAAGAGGCUCUUUGCAAGUUUGAUCGCAUCAAUGCAAGGACAGGAGUCCCAUCUCAGCCUCACUGGAGCAGUCCAAGAGAAGACCAUGUGACUUGCAGCCCUGAUGCUUUGGCUCCAGAUCCAACUAAACAGAACACUCUCUGUAUGAGUUACCUGCUGGGAGACAUCACAGAUUCCUUCGAAGGAUUCACUCUCAGCCUGCUGUCUUCGCUCAUGGUCUCUGGACCAAACUCACCCUUCUACAAAUCCCUCAUCGAACCCAAGAUAGGAAGUGACUUCUCCUCCGUUGUUGGAUAUGACGGAAGCACCAAAGAGGCGUCCUUCAGCAUCGGCCUGCAGGGGAUGGCUGAGCACGACACAGAACGGGUCAAACAAAUCAUCAGCCAAACUAUCGACGAUAUCAUAGAGAAAGGCUUUGAGGAUGAGAGAAUCGAAGCUCUCCUUCAUAAGAUUGAGAUCCAGAUGAAGCAUCAGUCCACAAACUUCGGCCUGGCUCUGGCCUCUUAUAUAGCUUCAUCCUGGAACCACGAAGGAGAUCCUGUAGAGCUGCUCCGAAUCAGCGACAGCGUUGCAAAGUUCAGGCAGGCUCUGAAAGAAAACCCUCACUUCCUCCAGGACAAAAUCAGAUACUACUUCAAGGAGAACACGCAUCGUUUGACGCUGAGGAUGAGUCCUGACGAGGCGUUCCUGGAGAAACAAGCCAAGGCUGAAGAGGAGAAGCUUCAGGAAAAGAUCUCAGUUCUGACCGACAGCGAUAGAAAAGAGAUUUAUCAGAAAGGUCUGGAGUUGCUGGAAACUCAGAGUAAAACUCAGGAUGCCUCGAGUCUCCCUGCUCUCAAAGUGUCUGACAUCCAGCCAAUGAUGCCCUUCACUGCCGUUCAGAUGAGCACUGCAGGUUAUGUCCCGGUUCAGUUCUGUGAGCAGCCCACAAACGGUUUGGUGUACUUCAGAGCCAUAUGCAGUCUGAACACUCUGCCAGAGGACCUGAGGGUUUACGUCCCGCUCUUCUGCAGCAUUAUCACCAAAAUGGGCUGUGGAGAUCUGGAUUACAGGCAGCAGGCCCAGCAGAUGGAGAUGAGGACAGGAGGAAUGUCUGUCUCAACGCAGGUCAUCCCUGACUGCACCCAGAUGGACACGUUUGAGCAGGGGGUUCUCCUGUUCUCCUCCUGCCUGGAAAGAAAUCUUCCUCACAUGUUUAAACUAUGGAGCGACAUUUUCAACAGCCCUCAUUUUGACAGCGAAGAGCGCCUCCGCGUUCUGGUGAUGAUGGCGGCGCAGGAGUUGGCAAAUGGGAUCUCCUACUCUGGUCACAUGUACGCCAUGACCAGAGCGGGCCGGCACCUGACACCAGCUGGGGAACUCCAGGAGACCUUUGGUGGGAUGGAGCAGGUGAAGUUUUUGAAGAGAAUAGCAGAGAUGCCAGAUCUUAGUCAAGUCAUCCGAGUAUUACCCAGGAUCAAAAAACACCUUCUGAACCCCGAGAACAUGAGGUGUGCAAUCAAUGCAACACCACAGAUAAUCUCUGACUCAGAAAAAGAGUUGGAAAGGUUUAUUAAAGACGUUGCUGAAAACAGAAAAGAGCGCAAACUUAUCAGAGCAAAUAUUAUAAAGAAACCACUUGACCCUCUGGAUGAUUCAGGUCCAACUAGAAAACUAAUAACAGAGCCAAAUUUCCAGCCAUGUCAAAUGAAAACGUUCUUCCAGAUGCCCUUCCCUGUUAACUUUGUCAGUGAGAGUAUUCGUACAGUCCCUUUCUGCCACCAGGAUUAUGCCAGUUUGUGCAUCUUGGCAAGAAUGAUGACGGCUAAAUUCCUCCACGGAGAAAUUCGGGAGAAGGGCGGAGCCUAUGGAGGCGGAGCCAAAAUGGGAGGAAGUGGCGUGUUCUCCUUUUACUCUUACAGGGAUCCGAACUCGGUGCAGACGUUAUCUGCAUUUCGAAAAGGCGUCGACUGGGCGAAAUCAGGCCAGUUCUCUCAGCAGGACAUCGAUGAAGCCAAGCUUUCCGUUUUCUCCGCUGUAGAUUCACCUGUGGCUCCUUCAGAUAAAGGAACGAGUCGCUUCCUCGGUGGAGUCACAGAUGAGAUGAAGCAAAGUUACAGAGAACAGCUCUUUGCUGUGGAUCAUAAAAGCCUGGUGGAAGUGGCAGAGAGGUACCUCAGUGUCGGUCAGAGCACGUGUGGAGUCGCCAUCCUGGGUCCAGAGAACGAUGCAAUCAAGAAAGAUCCAACGUGGAUAUUAAAAUAAUGUUCUUUUCAUAACUGGACCCAAAGCUUGAAUGAACUUUGUACUGAAAACCAAACAAAAAUGUAAGUUGUUUUUUUUGUGUGUUUGUUCAUAUUGCUGGCGAGAGACAGAAACACACAACAUGAAGACAACUAAAGCUGAUGGCUGUCAUUUUAAACGGGCAAUAGAAACCUUUUUAUAUUCCAUCAUGUACAUAUGACUGAUGGAAAAUAUUUGUUACAGUAACACAUUGAAUAUAAAACUAGAUCUGAGUUUUGUGAAAGUAAAAUCACUUUGUCAUUAAAUCAUUAAGUUUAAUGGGA